AUGAGCAGCGAAGGGCUCAAAGCCGCCGGCUAUGGCGGCUGCGCCUACCCCUAUUACGACAACAACAAGCUGCCGCUCCACAACAAGGGCAACAACAGCAAAAAUGUCUCAGCGGCCGUGGUGCUAGAGCCGCCGGCGCAGAGGGACUGGCGCGUGAAGGGGGCCGUGACAGAAGUCAAGAACCAGAACCCGUGCGGCGGCUGCUGGGCGUUCGCGGCGGCGGCCGCCGUGGAGUCCCUCGUCUUCCUCAAGACCGGCAGCCUGAUUCCCCUCUCAGAGCAGCAGCUCAUCGACUGCGACACCUCGAGCCCCAACAAGGGCUGCAACGGCGGCUCCGUGGCGAAAGCCUUCAUCUACAUCUCUUCCACGGGGCUGACCUCGCAGGAGCACUACCCGUACGAGCGCAGCCAGGGCCCGUGCGAGGCGGAGAUGGACACGCCCGUCUUCGCCCGCAUCUCCGGCUUCGCCUCGGUGCCGCCCUUCGACGGCGACGCCAUGCUCCGGCGGGUGGCGGUGCAGCCGGUGGCGGCCGUCAUCGCCGUCAACGAGAACGUGUUGACGGGGUACACCGGCGGCGUCUUCACGGGGCUGUGCGGCAGCCCCACCGUGUGGCAUGCCGUCACGGUGGUCGGCUACGGCACCCACGACGACGAUGGCGACGGCACGAGCUUGAACUACUGGGUGGUGAAGAAUUCGUGGGGGCCAAGCUGGGGCGAGGGCGGAUAUAUUCGGAUCAGCAGAGACGAAGGCGGCAACGAUGGGCUCUGCCGCAUCCUCUUCAACCCUCUCUACCUCUCUUUGGGGGAAAGUCUCUAA